AUGCCCAUCUCAAACAAACAAAUCGUCUACGCCCAACAGCCGGCGCCGGCCAUCGACCCCCGGCUGUCCGGGGGCACUUUCGCCGUCAAGCAAAGCGCGAUUGAAGAGCCUAUUCCGGCCGAUCAGGUGCUCGUGCGCGUACACUAUCUGUCCCUCGACCCAGCAAUGCGCCAAUGGCUCACGGCGAAGCGGUCAUACAUUGCCCCCGUGGAGCUUGGCGACGUGAUGCGCAGCAAUGCGAUUGCGCAGAUCGUCGGCGUUGGAAGCAGUCUCAAGAGUGAAUUCAAGCUUGGCGAGUGGCUGGUUGCUGGCACGGGUUGGCAGGAGUAUGCGCUGCUCAGUGGCAAAGCGGCCAAGGCGCAGAGAGUCGUGGUUCCAGAGGGUUGCACGCCGACGGAUGCCAUGUCGGUGCUGGGCAUGACCGGAUUGACGGCGUAUUUCGGUCUUUUGGAUGUUGGAAAGGUCCAAAAGGGCGACACGGUCGUCGUCUCUGGAGCCGCGGGUGCCACGGGUAUGGUCGCCGGUCAGAUUGCGAAGAUUAAAGGUGCGAAGCGAGUCGUUGGCCUGGCUGGUUCGCCGGACAAGUGUCGCUUCUUGACCGAGGAGCUCGGCUUUGACACUGCCAUCAACUACAAGGACAAGGACUGGCGCAAGCAGCUCAAGGCCGCGUGCCCGGAAUACAUCAAUGUGUAUUUCGACAAUGUCGGUGGAGAGAUUCUCGAUGCUUGUCUCAGCCUCGCUGCCCCGUUCUCGCGCUUUGCGAUUUGCGGUCAUAUCAGUCAAUACUCGGCUGCACAGCCUGAGGGGCCCCGGAGUAUUAUGAUGCUGAUUGGACAACGAAUCACGAUGAGAGGCUUCAUCGUUUUCGACUACGCCAAACAGUACCCCGAGGCAUUGAAAGAGCUGGGCCAGUGGCUAGUCGAGGGCAAGAUCAAGCGCAAAGAUCAUAUCAUCAAGGGCGGCCUGGAGGCUUGUCCCCAGGGCCUGGUCGAUCUGUAUGCAGGAGCCAACACGGGCAAGAUGAUGGUCGAGGUCGCACCUUUUUCGCAGGCGAUUCAGAGUAAACAGGGCGAGAGACUGUAG